AUGAAUUGCCAAUUCCUAUGUGGACCUUUUGAUCUUUCUGCAAGCGAAGAGAGCGGCACUAGCUUCAGGCCAGGUCAUUGUCCGGAAUGUCAGAAUACCGGACCUUAUGCGGUUAACCGUGAGGAAACUGUAUACAAAAACCAUCAGGUCAUUACACUACAAGAAGCGCCUGGGUCGGUAUUACCUGGUCGUAUGCCAAGGAGUGUCGAGGUCAUACUGAGUGAUGAUUUGGUCGAUAGUGUUAGGCCAGGUGAUCAGUGUUCUAUUGUUGGAACCUAUCAUGCUAGAUACGAUAGUGCAGGGAAUGUGAGGGCAGGGUUCCCAGUAUUCAAAUGUGCUAUUGAUGCUAAUUCUAUUGUAAGACAGAAUGAGAUGAAGAUAGAGAGUGUUCGAGACGAGGAUAAGAGAGAGAUAUUCGCGCUGUCGAAAGAUCCACACGUCAGAGAGCGCAUAAUUGCCUCGAUCGCCCCAUCCGUCUAUGGUGCUACUACGGUGAAGACAGCACUGGCUAUGGCCCUCUUCGGUGGUAGAGAGAAAGUAGCACAAGGUAGACAUAGGAUAAGGGGAGAUAUCAACGUAGCUAAUG